AAGAGCAUGAUGAUCAUGCAAACCCAAUGCGAAGCCACUUCGCAGCCUGUUGCCCCACACAACAAGCCUGGUGCGAAUGCUGCUGCAGAAGCUCCUGUAAAACGUUCUGGUAACAAGUCUGACCACGACAUUUGUUUCUUGCAUUCGUGCCCUGUCGAAUUCUGGUGUUUCAGGUGCCAAGUUGCCACUUGCAGUAAUUGUAUUUCAGAGCCUCAUUAUGCCCAUGGCCAGAUUUCAUUAAAAAAUUUAGUUCGUGAGGAAUUGUUCGUUAAAGAAGUGAAAUCAUCCCUCAUUGGCGAGCUCGGAUACCUAACAAAGUUUUGCCUUGAAGAUGCUUUGAGCCUUUGCGACAAAGGAUUGGAAUUUAUGGCAUCGAUAAAACCGAUCGAAAAUGAACUAUUGUCUUGGAAGAAACAUCUCCAGGAUCAGCAAAUGAAAAUGUCGGCUUCUAAUUUUAUGAAGACAACCUGUGAGACUACUUCGAAAGCAGAAGUUGAUGCUUUCCUGAAGGUCAUGUCACUCUGUGAUGUGGAGGGAACAGCUCUUGCUUCAAAAUUCAGUUUGAAUGAGCUCAAACUAUACGCUAUUGGUGCAGAUUUCAAGUUGUGGCAUCGACUUCUAGAAACCCAGAAAAAAAGUCUUCUUCCUGAAGAAUUUUCGUGCGUGGACCCAGAAAUUGUUGAAGGAGAAAUAAGGAGCAAGAAGAUGGAGACCGUACAAAGAGGCGAAAUUGAAACAGUCACCGUGAUAUCCUCUGUAAAAGAACCCAUCUUAAACUUACAGGACCUGCUGAAAAAAUUGUACGAAGAGGGUUGUGGAAUUCACCUAUGCUUGUUAGAUACUUUUUUCCGCGGCAGCUGUGACGGUACUAAUGAUUCCGUGAGGUUGAACCUUUUCCUGCACCGAGAGUUUGGGGAGCGCCUAGCAUCGUUCUACGGUCACCUCACGCACGCCGCUUGGGCCAAGUUCGGUGUUGCUGGACUGCCUAAGCUUGGGCUGCACCUCCAGUCUGGAGCUAAAGUGACUGAUGUCAACAAGAUUUUGCAUGACAACAGCGGUGCUGAGACUGACAAUGAGCCAAACCAUGGCGAAGCAUCAAAUCGGGAGGGUGCCUCAUCAUCGUUCAUAAGCAGAGCAGCGGUUUUGAGUGGCCGUAGGAAAGUUGUCUCGAAUCAAAAAUCAGUAAAAGAGGGGACCAAAGCGCCCUUCGUUGCUGAUAUUGCGAUCAACAAGAGGGUAAAGGCGACCGAUAUUACGCAAAGUCUCGAAGUGGAGCCCAACAGGAAAUAUCGCCUGCACUUGGUGAAACUGAAAGAUCCCGACAUGGACUGGUGCUGCGCAGUCAUGAAGGCUUUGCUUCCUCAGAUCCGUUAUGAUUUUGACCGCGUUUUUGUUUCGGGAGGCGAACUUAACCACGAGCUGUGGAUUCACGAGUGUGGAACCUUAUCACCCGCCGUCAUGAGACAAGUGAGGCAAUAUUUGGCCGAUUAUACGAGCAUCAAAGUCGUAAGAGUGAAUGCUUAUUCAUUCAGCCAGGAUCAACAAGUGGAGAUAACCGCCCCAUAUGCCGAAAUUAAAAGUCGAUUUGCUAGAAAUAAGUCGCCCGUGUUUCGUAGUUUGCCAGUGUACUUCAGCAUUCCACGGCUCUAAUCUUUGAAGUCCGAAUGGGUGAAAUGUGAAGCUCGCGCAAAGGUAUGACAUAUAUUCAAAUAUAACCAUUGUGUAUAUUUUUUAGCGUUUCUUACU